CCGAGCUGUGGCUGGACGACAUGUACCUGAACAACAGUCAGCCGCUUCCUGUAAACUCGUCGCCUUUCUACCUCCUCCCAAAGCAGUGUUUCGCCACUUCCACGGACCAGGCCAGGUUCGCUGCCCGAUUCAUCGAAUUCGCGGUGCUGUUUAAGAAAAAAAUUGACAGCGGCACCCUGACUCCCGACGUGCAAGGCCGGGGUGGCACUCGGCAGCCCCUUUGCAUGCAGACCUACAAGCAUUUCUUCCCGGCCUACAGGAGGCCUGGCCCCACGAAAGACGACCUACUACUCGACACCGCAUCGCAGCACCAGGAUCACGUCAUCGUCGUCUGCAGAGACCAGUUCUUCAAGCUGCGCAUUCCCCUCGACCAAGGCCCGUUGGAUGUGGAGGCGCUGACGCGACAGCUGCUCAGCAUCAAGCAACAAGCAAAAGACCCCUCCGAGAGGCAGCCUUCCGUAGGUGCCUUCACUACCGAACAGAGGCGCACAUGGGCUGGCAUUUACGUCAAGCUGGCACGCAGUAACGUGAACCAGAGCUCGCUGCAGAGCCUAGAGACGUGCCUAUUUGUGGUAUGCCUGGACCGGCCGCUGAGCAGCUUGCGGCGCCAUUACGCCAGUCUGCGCCGCGAGUCUGUGACGCUCGACCUGGGAACGCAGGCGGCCCACCUGCUACACGGAGGCUCGGUGGCAGAUGGCAACGCCGCCAAUCGUUGGUACGACAAGUUUAUGCAGAUAGUCGUCAGCCGUGACGGAAUCAACGGCAUCAUCUGCGAGCACUCGGCCUCGGAAGGAAUCACCGUUCUCAGAUUCUCUGAAGAGUUCCUUCAGCACAUGCAGCAGUACCAACAGCAGCAACAGACACCUCCUCCUGCGUCACCCUCGAUUCGAACGAGCUCCCUGUGCGCCCAGUACCCUGUGUCGCGACUCAGCUGGGACCUUGGUGAAGACGUGCUCAAGGCCCUCCAGGACGCCAUCAAGGCCAUCAACACCUUGGCCGAAGAUGUCGACCUGUACAUUCUGCAUUUUCCCAACUACGGAAAGAACUUCAUCAAAGAGCAACGCAUCAGUCCAGAUGUGUACAUACAACUGGCUCUGCAGCUCACAUAUUACAAGGUGCACCGCAAACUGGUGUCGACGUACGAGAGCGCGUCCCUACGCAAGUUCUAUCUGGGCCGCGUGGACAACAUCCGCGCCGCCACAGCGCAGGCGCUCGCCUGGGUGCAGGCCAUGUGCGACGCCGUGCCAGCCACGGAAGAAGACAAGAUUCAACUCUUCCUGGAGGCAGUGGCCAAAGGGACUGAAAUACUAACAUACACGGUGAACGGCGAAGGACCGGACAACCACCUACUGGGACUACGGGAAAUGGCCAGGCUACAUGAAACGCCGGCGCCCAUCUUCAAUGACAAGUCGUACGCCGACUUCCUCCACUUCAGACUGUCCACGAGCCAGCUGGCCACGGACAAGGGCAUCCUGGUGGGCUACGGCGCCGUGGUGCCGGACGGCUACGGCUGCGCCUACAACAUCGGAGCCGACCAGGUCUCGUACUGCGUCUCCUCCUUCUUCAGCUCGCCGGAGACGUCAUCCGACUUCUUCGCCCUCAGCCUCGAGGGCAGCCUGCUGCAGAUGCGAGAGCUCUGCCUCAAGCGGGCAACGCAGCUCAACAUGGCGCCGCCUCCGGCGCGCAGUUAGUGCGCGCCGUUCGUGGGCAACGAAUGUCUUAUACCGCUCCGCCUUCUUCCCCGGCCCCGAUGGCACGCAUAACACAUGGUUUGAACUACGAGCUACGUUGGCGACGUUCGCCGAGGCAUUCGCCUUUUCUUAGAGCGUCCUAUACGACUGCAAUAUACCGUCUGUCGCUUCUACUAUUUAAACGUCGGAAACGACGAGUUUUCGCGAGGUUGAGUCAUUUGUCAUUUCGCCCCCACCCUAUGCGACAUCAAGAGUUCUCUUUUUCUGCGUUUCUUUUUCUAAACCAGAAAAAAACAAAACAAAAAUGUUUAAAAACAGUGCGCCAGCAUCGUGCUGUCAUCAGAUGCGACUGUUUCGAGUGAUCUUUCCAUCCGUUAGGUAAGCGACGGUAUUUUUCUGGAAGGCUGAAACGAAACGCGAACGGGUGGUUUGGAACGCAAAUGGCACCUUGUGUAAUAUUAUAUCGAUCCUGGUUGCUGCAACUGCGUUAGAAAUGGCCUUUUCACGUCAAAACCUGAACCAUGCCAGUUGCUUAUAUAGUAGAUGACCGUAAGAACACGAUAUGACAUGCGUCCUCGUUAAUAUAAACUGAUCUGGUUCAUUUUGGUCCUGUGGCGUAUACGCUAAAGUCGCUCUUUCACAAAAUGGGACCCGCAUCCUGGUGCAUGCUAGCUGCCCCGCAGCUUGUGGCUAUCACACUCGCCAUGCGUGUGGGUAGCCUGUAGAAGUUUUCCCGUCACGCGCUAAUACUCGACGAAUCAAAGGUUUCAUUAUGUAGCCUGCCCACGAGGGCACUAAGCAGCGGUGCCACCGGCACAGAGAUGCAAAGUGCCCUUUGCAUAAAACUAGGAUUGCUCAUGCUUAUUCCUUGUGACUAGGUAAGUGCCCGUUUGCUUGCGAAGGCGAUU